AGCAAAGGUAAUCUUAUCACUAGUUUUAAUCUAACAGUAGUUUUUACGUAACAAAACUAAGUUUAAGUUUUAGUCACAAGCGUUUUAUAGUUGAGCUAUAAUGAAUAUCGUUCACUGGAACAUUUGCGGGGCUGAAAAAAAUAAAGAUGCUAUCAUUAGAGUUAUAAGGGAUUUUAAGCUACAGAUCUUAUUGCUCAAUGAAACCUUGCUCAAACCCAACACUAACUUUAAAAUAUCAGGGUUCUCUUCUGUAAGAGCAGAUAAACCUAAUGGUGCAGAUGGUAUAGCAAUUUUCUUGAAAAACAAAAUAAAAUAUAAUAUCAUCGACUUAAGCAGAAUUAAUAUACCAGAGAGGUGUCAGGUUAUUCUUGUAGAGCUUGUCGAUUUUUUUAUUUGUUGUGUUUACAACCCUCCAGAUAUUUGUUUGGUCAGGGCAAGCCUCGAUUCAAUUUUCGAUCUAACCCGUAAUAAACCCGUCCUCGUUAUGGGAGACUUUAAUGCCCAUAAUCCAAUAUGGGGUUCCCAGGUCAGUUACUCACGGGGAAUUAGAAGUGGGAACAUUCUUUAUGAUUUCAUUAAGGAUCACGAUUUGUGGGUACUAAACGAUGGAUCAGCUACUCGGCUCACACGCCCAGGCGUACACAGCGCUCCAGAUGUAGCUUUUUGCUCCCAGAGACUGUCUGGACUUACUGACUGCAGGGUUCUCCAGGAUAGAGUGAAUAGCGAUCAUUUUCCUAUUUUGUGUAUCAUCGGAAAUAACCGUUGCAACUCAGGUUCGACAAGAAACUACACUAGCAAAUAUAAUUUCAACAAGGCAGACUGGGAGAAAUUUUCUGAUUUAAUCUCCACGAAAUUUAGAACUUCACCUCCUAUAAAUUAUGAGGAUUUUAUGAAUAUAAUUUUCCUAUCUAUUGCAGAAUCUGUUCCAAUGCAUAAACACUCAUUAAACUACGGGUUACCUUGGUGGGAUAAUGAGUGCACCAACGCUAUUAAAAGGAAAAGACAAGCAUUCAGAGACUAUAAAAACAACCCCUCUGAGACCAACUUCCUGGAAUCAUUAAGAACCCGGGCACAAACAAGACAGCUGCUACGUAAGAAGAAAAAGGAAGGCUUUGUCAACUUUUGUGAGAAUCUAUCUCCAAAUACUAGUGCAAAAGAAGUUUGGAGCAGUAUUAGAAGGUUUGCUAAAGAAUCUGUUCCAAUGCAUAAACACUCAUUAAACUACGGGUUACCUUGGUGGGAUAAUGAGUGCACCAACGCUAUUAAAAGGAAAAGACAAGCAUUCAGAGACUAUAAAAACAACCCCUCUGAGACCAACUUCCUGGAAUCAUUAAGAACCCGGGCACAAACAAGACAGCUGCUACGUAAGAAGAAAAAGGAAGGCUUUGUCAACUUUUGUGAGAAUCUAUCUCCAAAUACUAGUGCAAAAGAAGUUUGGAGCAGUAUUAGAAGGUUUGCUAAAGAAUCUGUUCCAAUGCAUAAACACUCAUUAAACUACGGGUUACCUUGGUGGGAUAAUGAGUGCACCAACGCUAUUAAAAGGAAAAGACAAGCAUUCAGAGACUAUAAAAACAACCCCUCUGAGACCAACUUCCUGGAAUCAUUAAGAACCCGGGCACAAACAAGACAGCUGCUACGUAAGAAGAAAAAGGAAGGCUUUGUCAACUUUUGUGAGAAUCUAUCUCCAAAUACUAGUGCAAAAGAAGUUUGGAGCAGUAUUAGAAGGUUUGCUAAAGGUCGGAAGAGCAAGAGUCCCGGUGUGGAUAAAGUACCUUUCAGUGUGCUCAGCCAUCUCCCUGUUGAAGGAGCAGUCUUUCUUAUCAAAUUUUUCAACAAAAUACUUCGGAGGGAAACCACCAUUCCAGAGACGUGGAAAACCCAAAUGGUGAUCGCAAUUCCUAAACCGGGGAGAGACCCCUCAGCGUUAUCGUCCUACAAGCCCAUCAACCUAGCUUCUUGCAUAAGCAAAACUUUUGAAAUUAUGAUCAAAAACCGACUGGAAUGGUUCGUAGAGAACCAAGGUUUAAUAGACGUUCGCCAAACCGGUUUCAGAAAGGGCAAGGGAACUUUCGACAAUCUUGCAGUUAUCUCCUCAGAGGUCCUCUGCCGUUUGGCUCUCAAUCAAAUAGCAGCAAUGGUGACUUUGGACAUAUCCAAUGCCUACGAUAAUAUAAAUGUUGACUUAUUGACCUCGGUGUUGGUCAAAAUUGGAAUCGCCAGAGAUUUGACUUUGCUCAUUAAAGAUUUUCUCACGAACAGGAAGAUACAAGUUAAACAUCCAUCUACUAAUACAUUCGUGUCAGGCAGAACCACUAGCAAGGGAGUUCCCCAAGGUUCCCCUCUUUCUCCAACUGAGAAGCAACCAUUGCUGUUCUCCGGCUCACCUAAAUAG